GACACCUGCUACCAUUAACACAUUGGCAGCUGUUAACACACACACACAAUGGCUGAAGGAAAGAGAACGCAAUUCGCUUUGGUCACGGGAUGUACGCCCGGCGGCAUUGGGCACUAUCUCGCGCUGGAAUUCGCCGAACGAGGCUUCCAAGUUCUGGGAACCGUUCGCGAUCCGUCCAAAUACACCUCGCCGCACCCUAACAUCACAUAUCUACCCCUCGAACUUCCCCACAAGGAAUCCAUACGCGCACUCCACCAGCGCGUCACUGAGAUCACGAGUGGAAAACUUGACAUACUAUACAACAAUGCCGGACGCAACUACGUUAUACCAGCGCUGGACUACGACGAGGAUGAGCUGCAGGAGCUUUUCCAAGUCAACGUCUUCUCUGUCAUGGAGAUGUGCAAGACCUUUACCCCUCUUGUAGUAGAAGCAAAGGGUACAAUCGUACAAACUGGAUCGUUAGCUGGUAUCAUGCCCUAUGUUUGGGGUGCACCAUACAAUGCCUCUAAAGCUGCGCUGCACGCCUACUCCGACACCCUACGCGUCGAACUCGCUCCUCUGGGCGUACGCGUUAUCAACGUCGUGACUGGCGGCGUCACAUCGAACAUCGCGCGAACGCACCGAACUCUGCCGCCGGGCUCCUACAUGCAACCGCUUGCUACCGAGUACGAGCGAAGAUUAAAACACAGUCAAGAGUUGGGCAUGGAUACCAAGCAAUACGCAAGCAGUUGCGUGAGGCAGGUGCUUGCUGGAGACGGCAUACUCUCCAAGACGAGAUGGAUAUGGGAGGGCAAGAUGAGCUGGGUCGUAUGGUUCGCGUGGACAUAUCUACCGACUGCGGCGCUUGAUCUUUACUUCACAAGGACGUUCAAGCUAAACAAGCUGAGAGGGACUGCUGGACCGGAUAAAAAGACACGAUAAGGAAACACGGUGGCCAUGGGCGGCUACAAGCACUUGGACGAUGCCGAUCAGACCCACUUCUCGUGUGGCCUAAUUCUUUAUGGAACAGACCGGACAUAUGGUCUGGAUAUAAUCAGUCUUACUCUUUGCCAACACACCGUAUUCCAUGCCCCGAAGACACAGAUUCAUUUGCUGAUGGGCUAUGUUGAGCAGAGUUAGCAUGCGUCAUGUAUGCUGUAGCACAAACGAAGAUAUCUAUCACUUUCUCGAUGCACGAUUCUAACG